AUGCAGGCGAUAUCAAAUACACUAGAUGGUCCAAGUUUUUCAAGACCGGAGGAUCUUGCUUUUCAACCACGAGAGGAAAUUCCAUAUCGAGUGUUUUAUCCUGAUUUACGUACUGAUGAGCCGUUAGAAGUCGUCGAAGAUAGAUAUUCAGAGUUUGAUUCCUCUCUUUUUUCUUACCAGCCGCCUUCUUCGUACGUGGUAAAGACACUUCCGGAAGCAAAAGUCGAAAACAUCAAAGUAGUUGAUUAUCAUACUGACUCAUUGCCUCCUAAGAUUAAGGAAUGUGGUUACAAUACUACUACAAAAUUAGAUUUGCCAGAAAACCGUUUUGAGAGAUUCGUAGCUAAAGAUCCUUAUAAUGAUAGACAUUUUCCCGUUUCUUAUGAUCUGGAUGAGCUAGAUGCGAUGUGGCUGAUUUACUAUAAUGAAGCGCGAGCCUGCUCAGAUCCUACUUGGAUACCUUUGUCCCGUGAAUUUCUUGAAAUUACUCUUACAAUUAUUGCUAGGCAUUGGCUUUUAUUAGAUGCAUGGAUUCCGAAAACUGAGCCUGUUCGUAUAGAAGAUGAGCUCGAUGGUCGUUGUGUUAUUUGCAACGAGUCAGAUUGUGAAACAAGUAAUGUUAUCAUAUUUUGUGAUAACUGUAACAUGGCCGUUCACCAAAAUUGUUAUGGUAUUCCCUUUGUGCCUGAGGGUCAGUGGUUUUGCAAGCGGUGUUUGCUUGCUGCCAGCGAUGUCAUUUCGUGUGUUUGUUGUCCCGAUCGUGAUGGUGCAUUCCGCACAACCAUUGACGGUCGUUGGUGUCAUACCGUUUGUGGAAUGGCAGUCCCCGAAAUUUCUUUUCAUGAUUCUAGUCGCUUGGAUUUGGUUCGCGAUUUUCAUGCUAUUCCCAAGUCUCGCUGGAAGCUGGUCUGCUGUGUUUGUAAACUGCGCUGGGGUGCUUGUGUGCAAUGCUCUGAGAAAAGUUGCUAUACCGCAUUUCACAUCACUUGUGCCAGACGUGCUGGAUUUUAUUACAAACUUCAUGCUCCUUACGGUAAUUAUAGCCAAGCAGAAGUAGAAUGCUUCUGUGAUAGACACACGCCUCCUUCCCAUCUCGAUGGUGCCCUUCAUCGGCUUUAUCCGCUUGCUGUUCAGUAUUACAGAAGAAUGGCUUAUGAUGUCCCUUUAAACUAUGUUGCUUGUCGAGCUCCUUCUAUUGUUCCAGAAGAACCUUGGAACUUUCGACCAUUACCUCGUUACAUAGUAGAAAAAGUAACGUCGACCCUCAAUGAUAUGCAUUUGAAUGAUAGUAUUAAUGACUUGGCUAUUAUCAUUAUUGACAUUUGCAGGUACUAUCAAAUGAAGCGUAAGUAUCGACGAGAUGCGCCUUUGUUACGGUCUCAGAGACUUGCGGAUGAACUAGCAAACCUUCCAGUUAAUGCGGUCAAACAGCGUGCGCAUUUCCUAGGCAUUGCAAAGCGGCUUCGCGAACAAUACGAAGAACUUAUGUCUAUAAUAGAAUUGACCGCUCGUCGACAACGAGUAAAAAGUGAACUAUCUGAACUAAGGAAGCGAUUUUUGACUGUUAUAUAUUUUCCUUUACAAAAACUCAUUGAAGAUACCUUUGAAAGAAUUCGCCAGUUGGAUACGGAAGGACUCUUUGCUUCUCCCUUGGAACACGGGUGGAUUGGAUGGAUUUCGUUAAAACAGCUGAUUAUAAGUUAUGAUGUUGAUGAUUUGUAUUCUUUGGAAAAGUACCUAUCACAAAUUUGGAAUAUAGAUGGACUUAUCCAAAGCAUAGAUGACAUGGAGCACCUUACAGCCGUUGUGCAAUUGGCUCAGCAGUUUGAGCCAAAAGCCAAGGAUAUACUCCAAGAUGCUCGAAAUAGUUCUGAAGCUUUAAAGAAAGAUAACCUUGGGAACUUGUCUUUCUUGUCACUAAAAUUGGACGGACUGGAAUGUGUUGGUUGGCCUGAUUGCUUCGUUGAUACUGUGGAACAAGCAAAAUUGGAAACUCCUUCAGAAGAAACUUUCGACAGCCUAGAGAGCUUUGUUAUGAAUCUCAGUUUAGAGGGUAAAUGCGGUCGAUUUGAAUUGUCUGACUUCGAGUCGAGUAUCCAAAAUGGAAAAAAAGAUGACGGUAUAAUCAUUCCUGAGACUGCUGCAACGAGAGGAGUGUUACAGGAAAUUGUCACUAAGAACCAUAAUUCAGACACCGAAAGGGAAGGAUUGAAUACUAAGAAUGUGGAUGGCGCUGAAAUGCUUCCAAAUGCUGAAAGACGAACGCGUUCGAUGACCAAAGAUAAUGAAGCAAAUGAAACAUAG